AUGACUCAAGUCAAUUUACCAUUCCAAGUUGAUCAAAUUGUUGAAGUGAAAUCCUUUAUCGAGGAAUACCGCGGGGCUUGGUUUCGCUGUAAGAUAACGGAUAUAACCAAUGAAAGUGGAGAACUUAGAUAUAAGCUAAAGUAUCUUGACUAUCCAGACGAAGCGAUAGAUAAUGCGCUAGUGUUUGAGACGCCUGAAGGUGGGACGGAAAGUCAACUAAUGGUUCGUCCCACGUAUCCACCACAUUAUCAUGAAAGUGAAUACCUUAAUCUCAAGGGUGAGACAGAACCUCUUGUCGUCGUUCAUGAUACUUGGAAAGUUGGAGAUUUAGUUGAUUGGUAUAGAGAUAAAUGUUACUGGUCUGGCGAAAUUGUGGGUAUCCAGGGUAAGCAAUUAUGUCAGAUUGAGUUGCUUCCUAAACCAGAGGGUGAAGGAAAGAUUUAUCGAGGCAAGAGUUUGCGUCCACGGUUGGAUUGGUCUGUUGAAGAUGGUUGGAAAGUGCCUAGUACUGUGGAUGGGGUAAAGUGUGCUAAGUUUGUGAAACCUAAGAAUCAAGGUUAG